AUGGCUACCGAAGUAAAUAAUGCACUGGAAGUGACCCGUGUAGAGAAGCUUGAUGCUUCUGACACACGUCCAUCCCACGGAAAUGACUGUGAAGGCGAGAAGAGCAGCAUGCACUAUCGAAAUCGUGUGGGCACCGUGAUUGACACGACAACUGUGCAACCUGGUGCUGAUAUGGCAUACGAGUUAAAAGUUGCAAUCCUUAACGAAGCGAUCCUUGACUUGGGGAUGGGGAAAUACCAAUGGUGGACCUUUGUUCUCACCGGCUUUGGUUGGUUCGUCGACAAUUUCUGGAUGCAAGCGAUUACUCUCAUCAGUCCAUUGGUCCAGCGAGAGUUUGUUGUGGCAAGAAUUGCUUUUUUGACUGUUGGCAAAUAUGCCGGUCUGGUGCUUGGUUCAACUUUAUGGCCCGUCAGUGCCGACUUCAUCGGUCGCAAGCCUGCCUUCAACAUCACAUUGAUAAUGUCGUCCAUCUCUGGUAUUGUAGGAGCGGGCAUGCCAAAUUUUGUCGCGAUUACCACUAUUUGUGCAUUCAUAGGUCUUGCUACAGGAGGCAACCAACCAGUAGAUAGUGCCAUCUUCUUGGAGUUCAUCCCAGCAUCUCAUCAAUAUCUGUUGACAAUGCAAUCCGCAUUUUGGUCAAUUGGCCAGUCAGUGGCUGUGCUCGUUGGAUGGCCGCUAGUCGUCAACUACUCUUGCCCCUCUUCCACACCCACUGGGCAGUGUUUCUACCUGGACAAUAUGGGAUGGCGGUACUGUUUCUGGACUUUCGGAGCCAUCACUCUCGUAAUGAGCGUCCUCCGAUUCUUAUUUCCCAUGUCCGAAACGCCAAAGUUUCUUCUUGGCAAGAAACAGGACAGGAAAGUUGUCGCAGUUGUUCAGAAAAUCGCUAAAUUCAACGGAACGUCAACAUGGCUCACCAUUGAGCACUUCGAGCGCAUUGAUGCCGAACUCGCAGCUGCUGGCCAUGGUUUACCGCAGGAAAGUGCCGAACAGGCUAUCCUUCGAAGAAAGUUGGAGAUUUUCAGGUUCGAGAAAUUAGCGGGGCUUUUCAGCACUCCAAAGAUGGCAUACUCUACCACGCUGAUGAUUCUUUUAUGGUGUAUGAUCGGGAUGGCGUAUCCUCUUUACAACUCAUUCAUUCCAAUAUACCUUGAGAAUCGGGGUGUCGCAGCAAGUACGACUUCACUCAAUGAGACUUAUCGCAAUUAUGCCAUCCAGGCUGUCUGUGGUAUUCCAGCGUCAAUCAUCGGUGGUCUCACGGUCGACAUGAAGCACAUCGGCAGAAAGGGAACUGGGACAGUUGCAUGCAUCUGCACUGGACUCUUUCUCUUCCUCUACACCCAAGCAAAGUCCUCAGCGGCUGUUCUCGGAUUUUCAUGUGCCGUUGCAUUCUUUCAGAAUCUCGUGUACGGACUUUUGUACUCGUACACUCCUGAGCUCUUCCCAGCUCCCAUAAGAGGAACUGGAAACGGGCUGGUAGCAUUGUUCAAUCGCUUAUCUGGUCUAUGUGCACCUAUCAUCGCAGCAUAUAUUGGAGUUGAGACGGAUGCACCAAUCUGGAUUUCGGCUUCACUAUUUGUUGUGGCUGGAUUCUUAUUCUUUUUGCUGCCGUAUGAGAUGAGAGGGCGUGCGGCAUCUUGA